GAGACAGCGACAGAGAGAGAAACAGGGAGAGAGAGGAGAGAGAGAGAAAAAGAGACAGGGAGAGGACAACUGAUCGUGACAGUGACAGAGAAAGUGGUAGUGGUAGUGAAAGGGCGUGUCUGGAGGUCAUGACCCCUGAUGGACAGGACAUCUACCUGAGGCUUGGCCACUCCCCCCGACGACGCUCCGCCCUCCGCCUCACACGCAUCAUCGCUCGCCACCAGCUCCUCACCAAGCUCGCUCAAGAGAUCGAGGCAAAGGAGGCUUGUGAUUGGCUGAGGGCUGCAGGGUUCCCACAGUAUGCCCAGCUCUACGAAGACUCCCAGUUUCCUAUAGAUAUCUCGUCAGUGAAGAGGGACCAUGACUUCUUGGACAGGGAUUUGGUGGAACCACUGUGUCGACGUCUUAACACCCUGAACAAGUGUUGCUCCAUGAAACUAGACAUCAGCCACCCCAGGAAGAAAACUGAUGAUUCAGACGAGGACGACCCGCUGGCCAUCAGUAAGAGAUGGACCUUUGAAUGGAACAGCCGGCGCUGGUCCCGCCUCCAGGACAUGCACUUCCUGCUGGGCUCGCCCAAUGAGAGCAGCCCUGAGGGGUGCCAGGGGGAGGGGCUGCUGAGGAGCACGGUGAGCAGCGAGAGUGUCCUGACGGACUUGAGCGAACCAGAGAUCACAGAUAUAUCCUCUCUGCACAGUGAAGACUCUCUGGGAGCCAUGCUGCCUGACUCUGUCUCUAUGGCCUCGCUGGCAGGGCCCUACCAGCCUCCAAGAGACAUGUCCCACUACAACUCUCUACCAAUCAAAAGCAGCCGUCACGGCCAGGGUGGGCGGAGUCCGGCCAAGGCCUUCCUGCGUCGCAUGGAGAUGAUGCGUACCUGGGGGCCGUCCUCCAGGAGGAAGUCAGGAAGUGGACGGGCGCCGCUCGUCAUCAGUGGGCCGGUCCUACAUGGGGAGGAGCCCCAGGCGCUACAGACACUCCACUGUGUUCCCAUCAAUCAAUCAGAGGACAGUCCUCAUCCUCCCCACCAAUCAGACGAAAGCUCGUCCCCUAUCGCCCACGGCAACGGCAGCAAGGGUGUGAGUUACAUGCGUCCCAGUGUGAGGGAGUCUGUCUCCAAGCCUCGGCCUAAAAGAGGAAGUAUGUAUCUGGAAGACAUGGAGCUGCUCUCUGGCGCCCCCCAUGGCCGGAGGACUGAAGCACAACAGAGCCCGUUCAGCAGGAACCACUACCGCUCCUACGAGGACCUGCUGGUCCACAUCCCCAAGAACCACAAACCAGGCACCUUCCCCAAAGCCCUGUCUAUAGAGAGCCUAGCCCCGGCCACUGACCACCAGCACCAGAACCCCUCUCCCUCCCCACUCCACCCCAGCAAAGGCUCCCCCUGGGCUCUGUCCAAGAAGCCCCCCUGUCCUGGAGCUCCGCGGGGCAGCAGGGUCAGUGUGUAUGACAAUGUCCCCGGGUCUCACCUGUACGCAUCCACAGGCGACCUGCUGGAUGUGGACCGAGACGAUAACCUGUUCCCCCACCUGGAUGACAUCAUCAGUCACAUCAGCGGGCUGCAGCAGAUUGUUGACCACUGGAGUCGCGGCGUGCUGCCGGAGGGUGGGGCGGGGGAUGAGGGGGAGGGAGAGCGGGGUGAGGAGAGGGAGGGAGAGCAGGGUGAGGGGGAGGGAGAGGGGAGGACCACGCCCAAUGGGAGGACCACGCCCAGUGAGGGGGAGAGAGAUGGGGUCUCCCUGAAUGACAUAGAGUCUACAGGGACCAGAGAGAGGAGAGACUCUGGAGUAGGAGCUUCCCUUACCAGACCACGGUGAGUUCUGCGGUGGCCGAGCUUCCGCCUCUCUGACCGUCUGCGCCAAUCAGGCUCCACACUGCAGAUCAGUAGCCAAUCAGCAGGCCAGCUCAGCCUGCUCCAGAAGUUCUCUCUGCUCCGACUCACAGCCAUCAUGGAGAAUUACUCCAUGUCUAACAAACACGGUUGGACCUGGUCUGUCCCUAAGUUUAUGAAGCGGAUGAAGGUCCCUGACUACAGGGAGAGGAGCGUGUUUGGUGUUCCCCUGAUCGUUCACACACAGCGCUGUGGCUACCCCCUACCUCUUUGUCUACAGCAGGCCCUGAGACAUCUCACAAUGCACUGCCUCGACCAGGUGGGUCUGUUCCGUAAGUCUGGUGUAAAGUCUCGUAUCCAGGCGUUGCGACAAGAGUGUGAGUCCAGUCCUGACAGUGUGUGUUACGAGGACCAGUCAGCGUACGACGUAGCAGACAUGGUUAAACAGUUCUUCAGAGACCUUCCUGAACCUCUACUGACCAGCAAGCUGGGAGAGACCUUCCUCCAUAUAUACCAGUAUGUCCCUAAGGAGCAGAGGUUGCAGGCCGUGAGAGCGGCCAUCUUGCUUAUGUCAGACGAGAACAGGGAAGUGCUCCAGACGCUGCUCUGCUUCCUGUGUGAUGUCACUUCCUGUGUAGAGGAGAACCAGAUGACCCCUAUGAACCUGGCUGUGUGUCUCGGCCCCUCCCUGUUCCACCUCAACAUACUGAAGAAUGACAACCUGUCCCCCAGGUCGAUCCAGAGGAAGUAUGCUACAGGCCAACCGGACCAGAAGGACCUGAGUGAGAACCUUGCUGCCACACAGGGCCUGGCUCACAUGAUCACUGAGUGCCAGCACCUGUUUGAGAUCCCACAGGACAUGGUGAGCCGGUCCCGUAACUCAUACAUGGAGGCUGAGUUACUAGCACCCCCUCUGGACGAGCUGUGUAAGACACACGACGAGGCGGAGGAAGAGGAGGAGGAAGAGGAGGAGGAAGGAUCCUACCACACACACGUGGAGGUGCUGGUGCAGGGACUACUUAAGGAGGCCAGAGACAGGAGCAAAGGAUGGGUGUCCCGGUCCACCACCAACCACACUGAACUGGCCUGCAGAAAGGUGGGUGAUGGUAACCCACUGCGGCGGUGGCGUGUGUGUGUGGAGGUGUGUGCCCCACCCAGUGAGGUGUUGGAGAGGCUGCUGAGGCAGCGCCCCCUGUGGCAGACAGACUUACUGCAGGAGAAGGUUCUGGAAACCCUGGACAGACGGACAGACAUCUACCAGUACAGCUUGCAGAGCAUGGCCCCACACCCCAACACUGACUACGUGGUACUGAGGUCGUGGCGUAGCGACAUUUCUAAGGGUUGCAGUGUGUUGGUGUGUGUAUCAGUGGACCAUGAUGACAGUCCAGCCAUGAAAGCAGUCAGAGGAGUGGUUCUAGAGUCACAGUACCUUCUAGAACCCUACGGAACCGGGAGGUCCAGACUCACACACAUCUGCAGAGUCGAUCUGAAGGGCAGGUCUCCAGAGUGGUACAACAAGGUGUUUGGUCACCUGUGUGUUUCUGAGGCCCAGAGGAUCCGCUCCUCCUUCCACCCUCCAGACCCCCCAGGCCCCGAGACCAAGAUCUGAACCCCAGGAUCCAGGGCAUGAGGCUGGGCUACACCGCCAGGGAGCACGGCCCCAAGUACCAGAGGACCAGAGAGAAGCUGCUGUAGAACACAGGAGAAAAGGAGGGCUAGAACCUUUGACCUUAGAAGCUUGUACCUAGAUUCAUGGACCUAGAACCUGGACCAAAAGGGCUAGUUCCAUGGAACUAGAACCAGGGAACCGAGGAAGCAGGGGGGAAGACUAGUUGGACCUAGAACUAGGAACCAGGGUUCUGGAACCAGCGACCUAGAUCCAGGGAACAACGACUGGUAAUCUAAAACUUAGAACCAGGAAAUAUGGAACAAUCUAUCAGGGAUUCUUAAACUUUUUCAGCUCGACCUAAAUGAGAAAUUGACUGUCCUCUCGUGACCCAAAUCGUCCUCCAACGACCCAAAUUAAGAAUAAAUAGUGUGUAAUGAUAGAUGUAUUCUUAUAACUCGCGACCCACCUCUCACAUGCCCAGGACCCACUUUGGGUGCCGACCCAUAGUUUAAGAAACCCUGAUCUAAAACUUGGAACCAGAGAUUCAGAACAAUCUAUAAUGUAGAACCAGUGACACUGAACAAUAUUGAACAUGGAACAAUGGAUACGGAGAGAUCUAGAACUUUGAACCAGUGACACUGAACAAUCUAGAAUUUAGAACCAGGAAUAUGGAAUGUUCUAGAUUGAACUUGAAGACAGAUCUGGGCUCAGAUUCACAAAACACUUCUUACGCAAAAUCUUAAGAAGCUGCUUAAGAAAAAAAAUAAAGUUCAUAAGAUAGUUCAUAAGUGCAAUUCCUCAACAAUAUCUUAAGAUUUAAUGAUUUUCUUACAAACUCCUCAAAUAUCAUUUUUACGAAUCUUCUUAAGAUGUUUGUUGCUAGGCAACCGAUUUAGCUAGCUAUCUAGCUAGCAAUGGCAAUCAUGUUAGCAUAUUUUCUACUGAGAUUACUGUUCUAAAACAUGUUCUUAGGUUUAAUAUAAUCAAUACUGAAACUUUCAGAUGAAGUUUGUGAGUGAAUUAAACAUGUUCAAUUGCUUUCAUGAGCUUAUUCUCUCACUGCCCUGAGUUUAAAACAAGGGUUUAUCCAUCUUGGAAUUAAGAACAAAUCCAAAAACCUAAUGUUCAGGAAUCACAUUUCUUCUUAACCUUUUGCUUAAGGAGAAACAUAAGAAAUAGCGCAAUAAUAUUUCCAAUAACCUUUUUGAAGAAUAGCAACUUUGACUAACUUUCUUCACAAGUCUAUAGUUAAGGAAAAAAAUGUCAGUUAAGAAGAAAUGUAUUCUUGAGAAGGUUUUGUGAAUCUGGGCCCUGGUUCCUACAGCUUUUCCCUGCUCUCAGCAUCAGCAUCACUUUCCUUUUAAACUAAUAUCAUUGUUAUUCAUAUAUUAUUAUUACUAUCAUCUAUAUUGUCUGUGUUCAUUAUAUUAUCUAUUGUAUUAUUGUUCUUUUAAUAUUAUGACAUCAUCGUUGUUGUUGUAUAAUCGUUGUUGUUUGUUAUCCUGUUAUACAAUGUCUAGGACAUUUAUCCAUUUCACUGCUUCUGGGAAGCAUGUGUGUGUGUGUGUGUGUGUGUGUGUGUGUGUGUGUGUGUGUGUGUGUGUGUGUGUGUGUGU